UCUCUCUCUCUCUCUCUUCCCCUCCCGCCCUCUCUGUAUAUAGACACAAACGCACAUCUCAGUAGUUAAAAGUUCAUUAUUGCACAGCAGUCAAGCCACAGUGUUCUCAACCGGAAACCCCCAAAAUGGACGGAAGCCCCGAGAAUGGCCUGAACCAGAUGAGGAGAUCGGUCGAGAAGCUGGGCUCUUCUACUGAGACAUUUGGCGACGCAACGCUGAUGAGGUUCUUGAUUGCGAGAUCAAUGGACCCUGAGAAAGCGGCAAAGAUGUUUGUCCAGUGGCGAAAAUGGAGGGCUUCAUUUGUCCCAUUGGGCUUCAUUCCGGCCUCUGAAGUUCCCGACGAAUUAGCAGCUCGGAAGAUUUACUUGCAGGGUUUAUCUAAAGACGGGUACCCAGUCAUGAUUGUGAAAGCAAAGAGGCAUUUUCCCCCUAAGGAUCAACUCCAGUUCAAGAAAUUCGUGGUUCAUCUGCUGGACAAAACAAUUGCAAGUUCUUUUAAAGGAAGAGAAAUAGGAAAUGAGAAGUUGAUUGGAGUUCUUGAUCUGCAACAAAUAAGUUACAAGAACAUUGAUGCUCGUGCAUUAAUAACUGGUUUUCAGUUCUUGCAGUCAUACUAUCCCGAGCGAUUGGCGAAGUGUUAUCUUCUAAAUAUGCCAUGGUUCUUUGUGAGCGUUUGGAGGAUGGUUUCCUACUUCCUUGAAAAAGCAACUCUAGAAAAGGUUGUGAUAGUAAGCAAUGAAGAUGAAAAGGAGUUGUUCAUCAGGGAAGUUGGGGAAGAGGCCCUACCAACAGAGUACGGUGGGCGGGCAAAGCUUGUAGCUCUGCAAGAUGUUGUGCUGACCCCGAAGGAGAAUGAAGAAGAAGUCUGAUGUGAGAGAGAUGCUCCCAAAUCCCAAUUUACGGGUCACAGCAAGUUAUCAUCAUCUUCUAAUUGUAGCUCAUCUAUUGGUCUCAAUCUCAUCAAAAUAGUUUAUUAUAAUGCAGCUGAUACAGCUUUUCUACUAGUCAAUAGAAUAAUACUCUGCUCUGCUGAACCGAACUUCGUUGAUUAUAAUUUCCAGUUAAUGUGCUGAAAAUUCUGUUGGAAGCUUCAGAAUUUGGUCAAUGUCUCAUUGAAAAGAGAGAAUGAGAGAUCCUGAAAUGAAACGUUGGUUUGUGGUA